AUGUCGCAUUUCCCUAGCAAGCUCUCCUCGAAGACCGAAGUGGCGACCGUAGAGUGCUGCAAACAUGUCGAAGGGGUACUCGAUCGAUCCGGCGCGCUGCGGAAGAAUCAGUAUCGAGCCAAGCUGCCUUUUGGCGGUGUAUCUCAGGCUUUUAGCCACGAGGUCCAUUGUCCGAUCUGCGCCCAGAUCUACGCAUAUUGGCAACUUCGAAGAUUGCGAUGGAGACCGUAUCCAAAGUCACUGACCGAGGGGGAUCGAGAAGAAGGAAAUUCUCGAGAGUAUGCUGACUACUACGAUGAAGUUUACCACCCGGUCCGGUUUGAAAAUGCAGACGGAAGCACUAGAAACUACAAUAAUUGUUUCUUUGAGUUGAGGCCUCGCGAAUUCGGAGAGGCACACCACGUGCUCAUCGCCUGUCUUCUUGUUCGAAACCAGGACCGCGAAGAUCCUGACAUUGAUCAAGACAUUCAGAUCAACGUUAUCUGUAGUUCAGAGGAUGAUGGAGUACGGGAUCUGUUUGACUGGUACGGUAUUCCAAAGAAGCCUAAGGAAAACCAAGAUACUGCAGGCUUGGACCGCUCAUCUCACAUCAUCGCUACUGCUUUCCGGGCAGCGGAUUAUACCUCGCACACUUACCGCAAGUACAAAGCAAUUUCACCGCAUGAGCGAGUAUACGAAAGUCAACAUCAGCUCUUCAACAUGUUGUCGGACCGGCUGGAUACGUACAGGGGCUCGGACGACGAUGGACCACGCCGCUCUGACUUGCACAAAUCAUACUUCGGGACUUCAUAUGCUGCAAAGUUCUGGCUGAACCGGUAUUUAAUGCUCACCAACCAGGGAAAGUUGCCCAAGCCGGCAGACAUCGAACGGAUGGCUAUCAUCCACGUUCGAAGGUGGGCUAAAAGCCCCGUCGGUCGUGUGAUGAAUGACAUCGUGUUGAAGCACGUUAUCGAGUCCAUAGUAAGUGCCAACCAGCGGGCUGCACAAGCUGGAGAGGCGUGUUUCUCUCACAUUGUGCUUUAUGGGGAUUUCUGGCGUGUAGACUUUGACAAGCUUCGGAAGGACGUCGAACUUGUGCCAGGAGGUCCAAAGCUGAAACUCAUACUACUCUCAAGUCCGUGGCCCCGUGAACGCCGUGAUGGGUCACGAUUAGUUGUACGAGAAGAUGAGCCGGAUCCGUAUUGUCGUGAACUUUGGAAUAAGUUCAGGGACCAGGAUUACGACAAUAUUCCCACUCAAGUGAAAGUCUUCGCCAUCUGGCGUGCCUUCCGCAACCGGUAUCAACACAAGGCAUGUAUGAUCGGGCAUCGGUCUGGUUUCAUUGAAGGUGCUGCAUUCAUCGGCCUUCCUGUGUUUUAUCUCAACAACGAGCGAGAUAAGCUCAGAGGCGAUCCUGGGCCGGGAGACCUCUUGUGGAAACUAAUGGAUGGCGCUCCGGGGACGCUCGGCAGAUUACGAGAGCUUGGAGACGCAAUGCAUACCUUCAUUGCCAUUGAAACGCUCAAGGACGAUAUCGACGGAGCGAAUGAGGUAGAGCGAUAUCAAAACCAAAGGCGAAGGGAAAAGUCGCCCUUGAGCCAGACUCCCAAGAAGGAUCUCAUAGUGGACGAUCGGUAUAAAUACGAGCUUAUGGCCGCCCUGUUCAUGUUCAUGUGCUGCGACUUUUCCCCAAGAGAUGAUGACGACGAAGAGGUUCGGAAGGACGACCCAGCAUGGCUGGUCAGAGUCCACAUGAUGCACGACAAGGCACCAACCCUGCAUGAGUUGCGAAGGGCAGGAGAAGCAAAAGCAGCAGAAUUCUUUCUCCAUGCCGAAAAUUUCGUUGAGAGCAUGCUCCAGAAACCAGAGUUCGAUGCACGUACGCAAGGAUGCGGCACCCUUUCACAAGAGGUGAUUGACCGUCUGGAGCAGGCGCGAGAGAUUUUGACGGAUUUUCAGGAUGACAGAGAGAAUGAUGAGCUCGCAGAGAAUUUCCUGGGUCUCUGGCGAUCGUACAACCGCGGUCAUCCGUUGUCAGGCCAAGAGUGGCUGCGUCGAAGAUAUCGGUAUGCUAUUAAUAAGCCUGGCACCGAGCUGGAGUGUCUCACGUCUCUGCAGCCUGGGUGGGUCCAGGCACACGAAAGAGCCGCCUAG